GUCUUCUUCAUUCUUCACAAAUCUCUCUGCUCACUUCUCUCACUGUAAACCCUAGAUCUUCUUCUCAAAUUUCAAUGGCGUCCGCAGAUGUUGAGUAUCGGUGCUUCGUUGGAGGUCUAGCUUGGGCCACUGAUGACAGAGCUCUUGAAACUGCCUUCUCUCAAUACGGCGACGUUGUUGAUUCCAAGGUCUGUUACACGCCGAGAUCGGACUCCGAGUGAUUUCGAUGAUCUCAUCCUCGACGGAUCUGUUCCGAUCUUGUGUUUCUCUGUUACUUGAUUCGAUUACUGUUACUCUGUUACUACUAUUCGUUCUUUGUUACUACUGUUACUGUUACUUGUUUUUCCCAAAAUCGAUCAUUAACGAUCGUGAGACUGGAAGAUCAAGGGGAUUCGGAUUCGUGACCUUCAAGGAUGAGAAAUCCAUGAAGGAUGCGAUUGAGGGAAUGAACGGACAAGAGCUCGAUGGACGUAGCAUCACUGUUAACGAGGCUCAGUCACGAGGAAGCGGCGGCGGAGGAGGCGGCCGUGGAGGUGGUGGCGGUGGAUACCGCAGCGGAGGUGGUGGUGGAUACGGAGGUGGCGGUGGUAGCUACGGAGGUGGCGGCGGCGGUAGACGUGAGGGAGGAGGUGGAUACAGCGGUGGUGGCGGUUACUCCUCAAGAGGAGGUGGUGGUGGCGGAAGCUACGGUGGUGGAAGACGUGAGGGUGGAGGAGGAUACGGUGGUGGUGAAGGAGGAGGUUACGGAGGAAGCGGUGGAGGAGGAUGGUAAUUCCUUUAAUUAGAUUUGGGAUUAUCAAUGAAUGUUCUCUCUCUCUCGCUCGUUAUGCUAUCUUCUUGGUUCUCUGUGUGUUCUCUGUUUGGUUUGGUUCUGCUUUAGAUUUGAUGUAACAGUUCGUGAUUAGGUAUUUUGGUAUCUGGAAACGUAAUGUUAAGUCACUUGUCAUUCUCUAAAUAACAAUUUUCUUCGCGAGAUUU